UUAUGUAAGCAUAUCUUUAUUUCCAUCUUUAUUGUAGAUCCUCAAAAAUCGAGUCUAUAAAAGAGAUUUUCAUACAAGUAAUGAACAGACAAUGUGUUUUAGAAUGAAUUAAAAGCUACGCAAUAAACUGUAUUACAAAAUAUCAUGGGAGUUUUAGGUCUUUGGCAGCUUUUGGCUCCGGUUGGGCAACCAGUGACUUUGGAAUCUUUGGAAAACAAAAUAUUUGCUGUUGAUAUUAGCAUUUGGUUGAACCAGGCGUUAAAAGGUUAUCGAGACUCUCAAGGCGGAUCUGUGCCAAAUGCACAUUUAUUGAGUUUAUUUAGUCGAUUAUGCAAAUUACUGUUUUAUAAAAUAAAACCUAUUAUUGUCUUUGACGGGGGAUUUCCUGAAUUGAAGAGGCAAACCAUAUACAAUAGACAUCAAAGAAGGGCUACAGUGAAACAAAAUACUCGCAAUUUAGGACUGAAAAUCUUAGCUAACUACGUAGAGAUGCAAAGUAUGAACAAAGGAAAAAGUGACAAAGUAGUUUUAAAUACAAAAGAAAAGGCGCGUGAUGAAAUUUUCAAGCUACCCCCACUGCCUGAGAACAAUUUUGAUGGUGAAUAUGAAAGUUCUAGUUUCGGAGAAGCAGAAGAAGUAAAAUUCGGUAAUUUCAGCCGAGAAGAUAUAAAAUACUUGAAUCAAAUCGAUCUUGAUUCUGACGAUUUUAACUGUCUCCCUCCUGAUGUUAAGCAGGAAAUCUUAAGCACUCUGAAAGAAAGUAGAAAGCAUCGCACGUGGGAUCAAUAUGAAGAACUUCCGGAGGAGUCAAAUGAAUUUUCAAAACAUCAAAUGAAGUGCUUGUUGAAGAGACGUAACAUUCAAAGUAAAUUAGAGCGGGUGCAAAAAGAAAUUAGGGAAAUCAAUUCAGCUGAGUUUGUUUCCAACUAUACCAGUGAUCAUGUGAUUGGAGAAACAAAUAAAAUUAUGUCUGAUGAUUGUUCGUAUUAUGUUCUUUUGAAGAAAAUGAUUAGGAAAAAUGAAACAAGCUCUAAGAAAAAUGUCACUGAUGAAGCAAGCUCUGCAUCAGUAAUGCUUGAUACAAAAAAUUUAUUUAUUAAAGAUAUGGAAAACAUUGAUGUUGAUGCAGUAGAAAAUGAAGUAGAUGUUAAAGUUUCAGAUGUAAAAAUUAAAGAAGAAAAUUUUUCUUCUAUUAGUUAUGAAGAUGAUGAAGAUGUUGAUAACCCACCUCUACAAGAGGCAAUAAUAACAUCUCUUAAAGAAGUUAAAAAGGCUGAUGAGUCUGAUAGCCUUAGUUCAGAGUCAGAAAUGUUGCCGCCUGAUUCUUCAAUAGAACAGAAAGAGAUUGUUUUCAAAUUAGGAGAAAAUCUGCACAAGAAUAAAUCAGCUAUAAGUUCUGCCUUUGAUUUAAAGCCCUGUCUUGUUUCAGCAGAAGUAAAUGAAGUUGAUUUAGAAGGGAAAGAAAGCUCAGUUAAUCAAGUUUGUGAUGACGAAGUUCAAAUUUUGCCUGAAACAAAUGAAUCAGGCUUUCAAACUAAGAAGUUAUUGGAUGAAACUGUCAGCAUAGAAUCAUCUAGUGAAGAAGAGCUUAUACCAUGUGAUGAAAUUGAUGGUGAUGAAAUCGUCAUUCCAAAGCAAAAUACAAAAUGUGAGAAAAUUACUCAGCCAGAAGAUAUUAACUCUGAUUUUAAAAAUGUUGCUGAUGAUGUGUUUGACUCAAGUUCAGUUACACAAUUAAGUGCAAUAAAAAAUACCCCUGAUUUUGAUAUAGUAGAGAAAUGUACUGCUACUUCUUCUGGAAAUGAAACAUUAAGUGAAAAUGUUCAUGAAGAAAGUCGGCAGGUUUCAACUAGUGAUACCAAACAGUUGACCGCUGAAGAGAGUUUUGACAAUUUGGAAUUGCAAGAACACCUUGAAUCUGCUACUGCUUUGCUUGAGGCAGAAAAAGCAAAAUUAGAUCGCCAGUCCAACACAGUAGAAGCCCACAUGGUUGAAGAAUGUAAAGAGCUUUUGAAACUCUUUGGAAUACCAUACGUCGUUAGCCCUUUGGAAGCUGAGGCACAAUGUGCUUUCUUUGAUAGCAUUGACUUGACAAAUGGAACGAUUACAGAUGACAGUGAUGUGUGGCUAUUUGGAGGAAAAAGAGUUUACAAAAAUUUUUUUACUCAACAAAAAUUUGUCGAGUUCUACAAAGAUAAAGAAGUGUUUUCCCAUUUUGGAUUGACACGGGAAAAGCUCAUUAAUUUUGCACUUCUCACUGGAAGUGAUUAUACUCUUGGAAUUGAAGGCGUAGGGCCAGUGACUGCUAUGGAAAUUAUUAGUGAGUUUAGUGGAGAAGGAAUCGAUGCUCUUCAUAAAUUUAAAGAAUGGUGGAAUGAAGCAAAAGUACAUGCUAACCCACCAAAAAACAAAAUUAGAGCAAAACUCCUCAAGCUAGAUCUGCCUGCUAACUUUCCUGAGGAUAAUGUUGUUGAUGCUUACUUAAAUCCUGAAGUUGAUAGCUCUGCUGAAAAGUUUUCUUGGGGUCGUCCAGAUUUAGAUGCCUUACGAGAUUACGCAAGAGAGAGAUUUGGUUGGAAUAAAAGUAAAGUCGACGAUGCUUUGCUUCCGGUAAUUAAAAAGUUGAAUGAACGGACUACACAGUCUCACUUGGAUAGUUUCUUCACCAUGAAUUUGAAAAAAACAGACUGACUUAUUUCCUAGCAAACGAAUAAUGUCUGCUUUGAAAAAAAAUGACGUCUCCUGAAAAAAAUGAAACUGCAGAGGAAGGAAACUCUGGAAAAAACCUAAAACGACGUUCAAAAUCUUCUAAAAAGGCUAUCCCUCCUAAAGUGAAAAGGAAAACAGAUUCAAAAUGCACAACGAGAAAAAAUAAAGUGAAACCAAACACAGUAAUGCUUAGUGAAGAAAGUUCUGAUGAUGAAAUGACGUGACUUCAUCCUAAAACUUUUAUAAUAUCUGAAAGGAAAUGUAAUUACUUUUUUAAAUUAUUGUUUUUUUUUGUACAUUAGAUGAUUUUAAAAAGUAUGAAUUAUGACCAGCAUUAUUAGCCAUCGUACACCCAGGUGCAUUUCUGACUGGUUUUCAGAAACAUUGUGAAUUGUCCAUGACCUAUAAGUCCAGAAGAAAAUGAAUAAAGGUGUGAGGGAUCUUGUCUCCUGCAAAUUCUCAGAUAUAUACAUAUUAUGUUUUUUGGCAUUUUGAAUCAAAAAUAUUUAUGCUUAGUGGAAUGAUGUGACUAAUAAUACGAUUAUAUUUACAACAUAUGUAAUGUUUUCAAAAUCCACUGAAGUGCUUUAUGUUAAAACAUCCUGCCUUUUGGAUAGCUGGGAUUGAUUUUUUUUGGAUAUUUAUUUUAUUGGGUAAAAAUGUUUUUCUAAAAUAUUAUUCUUGAACCAAAGCAAGUCCUUUUCUGUAGAUUCAAUGUGAGGUCAUGUUUAAAUGCAUUGUUACUUUACAGAAAAAAAAUUGAAUAACUUCAGAAUAAAAUCAAUUUAGUUUUUUUUUCUUCAACUAAAGAUUUUCCCUCUUGUUCCCCUUUUAAAUUUUAUAAAUAAAUGAUUGAAAAAAUAUGUAUGAAUAGUUGUGCUCUAUCAUUAAAAGGUAUGUACAGUAGAGUCAGGGUUAUCCACCAUACCAGUGACAUUUACAUUUUUUUAUUUAAUUAAUGCUACAAAAAUCAUUGGAAAAUAGUAUGCUGAUAACUUGCAGGUGUCAGUGA